AUGGUGGAGUUCUUUCCCUUGACUUCUGGCUUAAUCUUUGAGUCCACCUCGUUGACUGGUUUGGCUGGUUGCAAGUCAGACAGGUCUUUUGGAGUGAGUCUUUUUGCCGAGGCUCUUUUAUCAACGCUUCCAAUCACGUUCGGGUCCAAUGUGAUCAUGUCCGGUUGCAAUUUAUUGAGCAGCGACCGGAUCUCGGACUGUUGUCUCUGUUUGGCGGUCUCACGAAGGAAUCAUGUGAUUCAUAUAUGGCGAGUUCUGACGUUGUUUGAGGAAGUUCCAGAUGGUGAUGUGGGGCCCCCACCCCACAGAAACAAGUCCCUUGUCCGAGAUGUCCACCGUGUUGGCCUGGGUCGGGGUGUAGUACGAGUCGAUCUCCUUGAAGUUGCGGAUGUCCCAGAGCUUGAGCGUCUUGUCUGCGCCGGCAACAACCAUGUGGCGGCCGUCUCUGUUGAUGGCGAUGUCUCUGACGGGACCACGGCACGCCAUGAUUUUGGCCAGAGGAGUGGGCAUGCUGGGCGACCACAGAGUCACCUGUCCGUUGGCAUGGCCCAGAUGCAUCACGGCGUUCCAUGGAUUCUGACGCAUACAUUGAGUGGGUCCGAGCUUAGUGCGGUGUUCGGCCACGAGAUCACCCGUGGAAACGUCGUGGUACUUCAAAAACCCGGUGUUUCCUGCCGUGGUGAGCAGGAGAUGGUACGGCAGAAAGUCCAACAGCGUGGAGUCGAUGUGUUGUUUGAGUCUGUGCAAUUCCAUUCCCGUCUUGUCGUAGAUAAACACGUACUUCUUCUGCGCGACGGCAAAGUACUGGUUAUUGUGCAAAUACUUGACCGCAUGGACGGUUUCGUUGAGAUGGAGCUCGCAGUCGAGCUUGCCUUGUCUCCAGUCGAACGAAGCCACAUGGCCCUUCUUUCCGCCGAUCAGCAAGUCGCGCCCGUUUCUGGAGUAGUCUAG